AUGACGGAGGCGAGCGCGUUCGCGGAUUUGAACCUGCAGGAGGCGAGUAAAAAGGUGAGAGGGGUGCGCGUGCGUCAGCACGUGAACCCGCUGACGAAGAGGUUUCAAACGCAGGCGCCGGCGCCGGCGUGGAGGGAGGUGUAUAGGGACGCGGGGAAGCCGUUGACGAUCGACGUGGGGUGCGCGGGCGGGCGGUUCGAUUUGUUGUACGCGAAGCGGAAUCCGGAUAAGAACGUGCUGGGGUUGGACAUCCGCGAACCGCUCGUCGAACGAGGGUUAUCGUGGGGAGAGGCGUCGGGGGUGGUGGAUAACGUGCACUUCGCGACGUGUAACGCGACGGUGUCCAUCGGGGAGUGGAUCAAGAGUUAUCACGAGACGAGCGGCGCGACGGUGGACUUGGUGACCAUUUUACACCCGGAUCCGCACUUUAAGACGAAGCACAAGAAGCGUCGAAUCGUGCAGGCGACGAUGGUUCGGCAGCUGGCGAGGGAGAUGCGCCCCGGUGCGCGCGUGUACUUGCAAUCGGAUGUGGAAGAGCUCACCGAGGACAUGCGCGAGAAAUUCGAGCGCUUUUCCGACGGGUGCUUCGAUUUGGACCAUGAGUUCGAGAAUCCAAUCGGCAUUCCUUCAGAACGCGAGGUGCAGACGCUCGGCGAAGGGCUUCCCGUGUACCGAGUCAUGCUCCGUCGCACCGAGAAAGCCUGUGCAAACUAA